UGGUUCGCAGGUGAACUUUCACACUGAGUCAUACAUGAACGUUUACCCCAAGGACAAAAUCGUAUAUCUUACGAGCGAGUCGGAAAAUGUGAUAGAUCAUCUCGAUCACGAAUGGGUAUAUAUCAUAGGCGGUCUCGUCGAUCAUAAUGCACAUAAGGGUAUAUGCCACAAGCUAGCGAGAGACGCGGGCGUCAGGCAUGGGCGAUUGCCAUUGGAUAAAUUUCUGCGGAUGAAGGCGAGAAAGGUUUUGACCAUUGAUCAUGUUUUUGAGAUACUAUUGAAAAUAACGGAGGGCAAUUCUUGGCAAGAGGCAUUCCUGAAGGUGUUACCAGAGAGGAAAAAUGCUCAACCGAUUGUUCCUGUGCAAUUCAAAAUAGAGGAAUCGCGAGAUCCAAUGCCUGUCGAUGUAAAUAGUGCAAUGUUAGUCAAUGUAAAUAGUACAAUGCAAAUUGAUGUAAAUAAUGUAAAUACUACAAUGCCAGUCGAUAUAAAGGACGUUUGCCAUCAAGAGAGUGCUAAUAUAUUGUAUCGUGUAUUUCCAAAUGUUAGCGAUGCGUAGACAAGAACAAGACGACAGAUACCAACUAUAAACGGGCUACAAAAACAUGUCCGAGACUCGACAAACGUCUCGUCAAUAUCUUCUUGCGCAUUAUUUUCUUUUUUUUUUUUUU